AUGUCUAGUCAGCGUCUGGUCUUAGGUCUCCCGCGUGUCUUGCCGUCGCUGCCGCCGUCCCUUGCACCACCGUGCGGUCCUUGCGUCGAGGGUAGGCUGCGUGCCACCCCUCACUCCUCCUCCCUUCGUCCGGCCACCGAGCCUUUUGAGACGCUGCACUUGGACGUCUGGGGCCCCUCUCCUCGCCCUGGCCCUGAGCGUGAGCGUUUCUUUUUGGUGGUCGUUGACGACUACUCCCGCUAUACCACAGUGUUCCCCCUGGCGAGGAAGUCUGAGGUGACUUCUACGCUGAUCAGGUGGUUGCUUACCACCCAGGACACUCGUGGUCGUCGUGUCAGCUGUCUCCACUCCGACCGCGGGGGCGAGUUUCGCUCCGGCAUUCUCGCUGGAUUCUGUCGCGAACAGGGCAUUCGUCAGUCCUGGACGCUUCCGGAGUCCCCACAGCAGAAUGGGGUUGCUGAGCGUCGCAUAGGCCUGGUCAUGGAGAUUGCCCGCACCUCCUUGACUCACGCCCGUGCCCCCCAUUUCCUGUGGCCAUACGCAGUCAGGUACGCCGCGCACCAGCUGAACCUCUGGCCACGCGUCUCUCGGCCGGAGGCUUCACCGACCAGUCUUUGGACAGGGUCCCCUGGUGUCGCGUCGAGGUUUCGUGUCUGGGGGUGCUUGGCUCUUGUCCGCGACACCUCCGCGGACAAGCUCUCGCCUCGCGCCGUUCCUUGUGUCUUCCUUGGUUUCCCUGAGGACUCCUCUGACUUCACCUUUUACCACCCUCCCUCUCACCGGUUCUUUGACUCCCGUGACGUCCGUUUCGAGGAGUCCACCCCGUACUACGUCAGGUACCCCAGUCGAGGUCUCCUGGUUCCUCCUCCCCCCCUCUUCCUGACAGCCGCUCCCCCGCCUGCUCCCCCGGUACAGCCUCCCCCCCCUGGUCCAGCCCCGUCUGGUGUGUCUCAGGCUAGCCCUCCCCCUUCGGUAGCCCCCCCUGUACAGCCUCCCUCCCCACAGUCUUCCUCGCCGCCUCCUGCAGGUGCUCCCUCUCGGGAGGUUGGUCCUGCGACUGUCCCUGUACAGGUCUCUGGUUCUGGGGGUGCUGGAGUUGGAGCUGAGCCGCGGGUUGCAGAGGACUCUUGUCUUCCGGGGGCUGGUACUGGUCGUGCGGAGUCUGGGGGUGCUGGUGCGGAGUCUGGGGGUGCUGCGUCUGGGGGUGAGGGUGUCCCUUCGGUUUCUAGAGAGCCUGGGUCUGGAGCUGGUGUUGGUGCUGCCUCUGGGGGUGGUGUGCUUGGUGCUUCGGAGGUCGACUCUGGGGCUGCCGCUGCCCCGGACACUACUCCUUCCCCCCACCCCUACCCGACCAGGAGCGACAGCAGCAGGAGCAGCAGCAGAGGCAGCAGCCGCUGGAGCAGCAGCAGCCACAGCAACCGCGCAGCAGCAGCAGCAGCAGCAGCAGCAGCAGCAGCAGCAGCAGCAGCAGCAGCAGCAGCAGCAGCAGCAGCAGCAGCAGCAGCAGCAGCAGCAGCUGCUGCCGUCUCCUCCUCCUGUCUCGGGUCUUCGGACCCUUGGUCUCCCGUCUCCCUCUCCUUCCUCCUCCCCCUCUCCUCCCGUCUCUGGUCCUCCGCUUCCUCCUCCUGA